AUGGAUGCGCGGCGCUGGAGGGGUCCCCCCCCCGGGAAUCUUUCCGACUGUCCCAACGGCUCCCACUGGGUGAUGGAUGUGUUCAACGAAUGCGCUCAGGACGGCCGGGACAUCGCCAGCGUCGUCUUGGGUCUGGUUUCCAUCUUCUGCUUCGCAGCUGCGUCUUUUCCGCAGUUUUACCAAGCCUGCAAAACGGGCAUCAUGGACCGGGCUCUCUCCAUCUAUUUCCUGCUGGGAUGGCUGGGCGGAGACCUCCUGAACCUCAUCGGUUCCUUCCUGGCCGAUCAGUUGCCCCUGCAGGUUUACACAGCGGUUUACUACGUGCUGGCAGACCUGGUGAUGCUGUCUCUCUACCUCUACUACAAAGUGAAGAACCGGGGCGGAGGAU